CUCACAGAGAAGAAUAAAAAUCGGACUCAAUGAUUAUCUCUCCUAGGGUGACAGUCAUGAAAACAGACCCCUUUAAUGAUUGUCUGCAAAAGUGGGGAUCUUUAAAUAGACUCUUAUCUCUUCUGAAACGAUGGAUAACAAAUUAGAAGCACAUGACUCUGGAAAUGGACUGCAUAAAUAUAACUAAGUCACUAACAGGAGACAAGAGAAAUGAAAGAAAAUAGAUUAUUCUAGAAAAAGUGAAAAGAAUCAUAGCGUCUGAGAAAGGGUACUAGGUGGAGCCUAUGUUCAUCCUGAAGAUGGUCCAGAAGAGGCACCCAUGAUUUCUGUCUGACAUCGAAAUUUUCUUAGACACCUGCAUCCGUGAAACCCAAGAUUGAAUUUAGCACUUGCUCAAGGAGUGAAACCAGAUCUUGUCCCUCAUCCUGAAUCAUUGUCUUUGAAAUUAUAAGACAUGGAGGAUGAAGAUAAGACAGUUGGAUGUCAGGAUUCAAAGCCACCCACAGGGACCAGUCACACAGCUCCUGUGCACCAAGGACCACAGGAGGAGAAAGUCAUGAAUCUCAAAGGUGUAGAUGGGAAUGAGCCAACAGAAGACAGCAACCUGCUGAACAGUGGUGAAAAAAAGCCACAGGAAUUGGCAACAGAAUCCAGUCACUUGCAGAGUGUGAGGCGAAUUCUGGCUUGCCCUCCACAUGGCUCGCUGGGGAAAGUGGUAACAAAUGGUACCAUGGUUGUUCUUCUGUGGGCUGUGGUUUGGUCAGUUACAGGCCCCGAGUGUCUUCCUGGAGGAAAUCUGUUUGGAAUCAUAAUCCUGUUCUAUUGUGCUGUCGCCGGAGGCAAACUUUUUGGACUCAUUAAGUUGCCAGCAUUGCCUCCACUGCCUCCUCUUCUUGGCAUGCUGCUCGCUGGAUUUCUCUUGAGAAAUGUCCCUGUCAUCAGUGAUAACAUCCAGAUCCAGCACAAGUGGUCUUCUUCUUUGAGAAGCAUAGCCCUUUGUGUCAUUUUGGUUCGUGCUGGCCUCGGUCUGGACCCAAAGGCACUGAAGAAACUGAAGGGGGUGUGUGUGCGACUGGCCAUGGGGCCCUGCAUUGUGGAGGCGUGCGCUUCUGCCCUUCUGUCUCACUUCCUCAUGGGUUUGCCUUGGCAGUGGGGGUUCAUACUGGGUUUUGUCAUAGGUGCUGUGUCUCCAGCUGUUGUGGUGCCUUCGAUGCUCCUUUUGCAAGAAGGAGGCUACGGUGUUGAAAAAGGUGUCCCAACUUUACUCAUGGCCGCUGGCAGCUUUGAUGACAUUUUGGCAAUCACCGGCUUCAACACAUGCUUGGGUGUGGCCUUUUCCACAGGGUCUACAGUUUUUAACGUCUUCAGGGGCGUUUUGGAGGUGGUAAUUGGCAUGGCUACUGGAUCUUUUCUUGGUUUCUUUAUUCAGUACUUUCCAAGCAGUGACCAGAGCAACCUUGAGUGGAAGCGAGCCUUCCUGGUCCUGGGCUUUGCUGUGUUGGCUGUGUUCAGCAGUGUUUAUUUUGGCUUCCCGGGGUCAGGAGGACUAUGCACACUGGUUAUGGCUUUCCUUGCAGGCAUGAGAUGGAGUGACAAGAAGUCAGAGGUAGAAAAGAUAAUUGCAGUUGCCUGGAACAUUUUCCAGCCCCUUCUGUUUGGCCUGAUUGGAGCAGAGGUAUCUAUUGCAUCUCUCAGACCAGAUACUGUUGGUCUUUGUGUUGCAACCCUCGGCAUUGCUGUACUGAUACGAAUUUUGACUACUUUCCUGAUGGUGUGCUUUGCUGGUUUUAACAUAAAAGAAAAGAUCUUUAUUUCUUUUGCCUGGCUUCCAAAGGCCACAGUCCAGGCUGCCAUCGGGUCUGUGGCUCUGGACACGGCCCGAUCCCAUGGAGAGAAGCAGCUAGAAAAAUAUGGGAUGGAUGUGUUGACGGUGGCAUUUUUGGCCAUCCUCAUCACAGCACCAAUUGGAAGCCUACUGAUUGGUUUGCUGGGUCCCAGACUUCUUCAGAAAUUUGAACAUGAAAAUGAAGGGGAAGUUCAAGGAGAGACUUCUGCACACGUUCAGAGCCCUUGCAAGUAAGAAAGAAGAGAUCUUUUUCCAUCAAGACCGACGGCAAAAUUAACCCACUGUGCAGAUGCUGUUUAUACAGAUGGCGAAUCUGGGGAGAUGAAGCAUCGCGUGCACCUGUAAUUGCAGAUGUGUCCCAGGAUUGUUUUCUGAUUUCCAGAAGGCUUUUGUUCCUUCCCCCACACCCCUGACCCGGAUUCCUCUUGGACUUAUUACAGUGGACAAGCAAUUAACAUCAAUGCUUUUGAAGGAUCAAGGACUGUAAUUGCACACACAGUGAGUGUGUCAGGCAAAGCAUUCAUAAGUCCCGGCGUGCUCUGUGGCGGCGUUGGUCUUGGAAUACUACCCUGUUAAGAUGUCUUAAAAGCUUGUCACCGUUAGGUUGUAAGGUUCUCUGCAGAAACACAAGGUAUCUUAAGACUGAUAACAAACUCCUGAAAGAUCAGGUAGGUUGAGCAAUGUUAAUACCAUCAAAAAGAAUGCUAAGUAAUUGCCUUUAAAAUUGUCUUUGCAUAUUAAUAGUUAGAAUCCAGUCAUAUGUAUACUUUUUCACCCAGUACCUCAAACCCCAUGAAAGAUCAAAAUGAUUGAUGGAGAGAUGUAGUUGGCACCUAGGAAGGGCAUCUCUCAUACUUCUGAUUUUUCACAGGAAUAAAUUGUAUUCAGUGAAUCAAAUAAUCGUGGAACAGUACCAAAAAAAAAAAAAAUCUUACUAUUGCCUGUGGGGAACUCAUUCUCCAUUUUCAUCAUCAUGACGAUGAAAGGUACAUACAGAAGCUGGGAAGAUAACUUAGUCUACAGAGUGCCUGUUGUGCAAACAACAACAACAACAACAAAAACCCAGAAUUUGAAUCCGUAUCCCCUACAUAUGCCAGGCAUCAUGGCAUGUAUCUAUAAAACUAGCUUGAGGGAUGAAGACAGAUGGACAGCCAGUCUAAACAAUGGGUGAACCCCAGGGUCAAUGAGAGACUCUGGCUCAAAAAAAUAAAAGGAAGCAACUGGGUAGAUAAUCCA